GCAACGUUUCAUCUAGAAAUAGAAAAUAAGUUCGCAGUUUUUCACAAAAUCUGUUGUAGUGCAAUAAAGUUAGGUACUCUUAAAUAGUUUUGAAAAUUGAUGAAAUUGGAAGUAUUUUUUUAAAAUUAUAAUUAAUACUGCAAUGAACCAAUAAUCAAGUCUUUUUGUGGCGGAUACCUACAAAGAUAUUGUAAUCAGCUGUUUUAUGGCCGUCUAAAUGUCAAAGUGCAACGUAAAGAUUAUUUAAAAAUCAGAAACAACUAAAGCUGUCACAAAAGUGGGAUUAAGUCCGAUUCUUUGUUUAAUUUCUUGCUAUUUCACACUUCUAUUAGAUAGUACUUUUCCUUGGAUAGAAAAUUUUCAAGAACAAUGGAGGAAAUAACAGAUGUGGAAAUGACCCCUUCACCACCAACGAUAGACACUAAGGAAGUGGUGUCAAAGUGGUUGCAAAAGUUUGAAGAAGGAGUGCUAUCAAGUUCCCAUUUUCGUGAAUAUUGGAGAACAUGGGUUCCUAGAAUUUAUAGUCCAAAUAUAAACGAAAGCUGUCUUAACUGGAGUUUCAAUGAAGAAGAAGCUCAAAGAAUACUUUUCAAUCCCCUAGAAGAAUUUAUAUGUAAUGGUGGCCCAUCAACUUUUUUAUAUACCAUAAGUCAACUAGAACCUCCACCCACAGUAUGUGGAAGAGUUUUUAAAAUGGGUGAACCAACAUAUAGUUGCAGAGAAUGUGGAAUGGAUAGUACCUGUGUUCUUUGUGUGGAUUGUUUCAAAAAGUCAGAACAUCGUUUUCAUAAAUAUAAGAUGAGGACAUCAGGAGGAGGAGGUUGUUGUGACUGUGGUGACAAGGAAGCCUGGAGAAAAGCUCCAUACUGUGAUAUACACAAACCAGUAAGGCCCGAAGAGGACGAGACAAAGAGGACGUUGCCUGAAGAUAUGACCGAACGCACUCGAAUAGUUUUCGACGCUGUUCUUUGGUAUGCUUACAACCUGCUCACAUUAGAACAUACCUCUGAUCUUAGACUAAGAGACGUAGACGACGAUUUAUUCAAUAUCGAUACGUACUGCACCCUCAUGUAUAAUGAUGAAGUACAUACCUUUGAGCAAGUCAUAACUACGUUAACCAGGAUCAUCAAAUGCAAUCAAAGAAACGCCAUUGAAUAUGCUACGAACGUGGACAGGGAAGGUAGGGCCGUUGUUAAAUGUUCUACCUUUCAACACUGUAACACCUUUAAGAGUGACAUUGAGAAAUAUACUGGUAGGCUCGGUAACAGACCGUUAAAAAUAUUAGUCAUGCAUGCCCAUGUGGUAGCCCAUCAACUAUUUGCCACAAAACUGUUGGGAUGGAUGCAGGAAUUUUUAGGACACGGGGAAGGUUUUAGGUCUAUUUUUGCCCAAGUUGUAUUGAAACCACAACCCCCAGAUCCAUGUAUUAUAAAAGGAGUUUUAUUAAGAGAUUCCCAAUUAUGGAAAAGUGCUAGAACUCAUUGGCAUCGGUUGUUAAUUUCAGGUAGGGUUNUGGAGUAUGAAAAUAAGAAAGAACUGGGCAAGCUGUUCACUAAAAACUACGGAAAUAUAAUAAAAGAUUUUAUAAAAGACGACCACGACCAUUCCUAUUCUAUUUGUUCUUUAUCUGUUCAACUAUUCACCGUCCCCACGUUGGCACAUCAUUUAAUUGCUAACGACGACGUACUGUUUAUAUUGUUAAAUGCGUUUCUUUCGGAAUGCUCUAGAAAGUGCAAUAAAGAAGGCAGGCUCGAAUUCGAACGCGUUUCUAGUCAAGCUUUUAAACGUGCUCAGUACAUGCUUUAUGACCUAAGGUAUCUUUUGAGUGCCGUUCCAGAAAAUUGGUUCGAUGAAUUAAGAAAGAGCUUUCUCCAAGGUCUCUCUAUCAUGCUAAACCUGUUUACAAUGAUGCAAGGAAUGGACUCUGUGUCCCGUCAAACAGGUCAACAUAUGGAAUAUGAGCCCGAAUGGGAAACGGCUUUCAACUUACACAUUCGCUUGGCUUAUAGCAUCUCGUUAGCUGUAAAAUGGUGCAGUACUGAUAAAGUUGUUCUUGUAAAAGCUUAUCGAGCUACAUUAAAGAAAUUAUUCGAAAAUCCCUGUUACGAUCCCGACGAGCCGGGCGAAGUAAAAGAAUUGGCUGAUCAUAGUGUUGCAUUGAUGAUGUACGACGUUUCCUCUAAGCCUGUAUCGAUUCAUCUUCCGUUAACUAGGUUUCUAGCCGGGCUGCACUUAUCAUUACAGAAUUUCGGCCUGACUUUCGAUUCUCCCGAAUUUCAGAUUUCCAAACCAACUCCAGUUCAACUAAUUGAACCCGUGCUUAGAUGUCAAGUAAUGAUUGCCCAAGUACAUGCGGGUAUGUGGCGUAGGAAUGGCUAUGCUCUCUUAAACCAACUCUUUUUCUAUCACAAUGUGAAAUGUCGUACCGAAAUGCUGGACCGUGAUGUUCAAAUGCUUCAAAUUGGAGCAUCUUUAAUAGAAAGCAACGAAUUUUUAAUGCAUAUGCUAAACAAGUUCAAUCUUAUCACUUGGGCAAACCCGAAUUUUGAAAUAAUUAGUUUAAAGAAUCCAGAAGAAGAUGGCACUAGACAAAUCAUUACCAUCGUCGAGGAAUUUUUGCAUCUCUUAAUCGCAAUUGUUGGAGAAAGGUACGUGCCUAACAUUGGACAAGUAACAACAGAAGAUCGAGUCAAAAAAGAAAUAAUUCAGCAACUUUGCAUCAAACGAUUACCACAUUCAGAACUAAACAAAUGUAUACCAGAUGAUAUAACACACGAAACUGGGUUGGAUGAAGUUAUUGAAGAGCUUGCCGUAUUUAUCAAACCACACGGGAAUGGAAAAGGAGUGUAUGAGCUCAAGAAACAAUACUACGAUGAAUACAACGUUUUCUUCUACCACUACACAAGAGAAGAAUUAUCUAAAUCCGAAGAAGCUCAACGCGAAAGACGCAAAACUGCUGGGGAAUUGGAUUGUUGUCCUCCUCCAAAAUUGCCCAAGUUACAUGAAGCUUUUACCAUGUUAGUAAAUCUUCUUCAGUGUGACGUCAUGUUACAUAUUAUGAAAACAAUUCUGGAACGAUGCCAGAACCUGAAGGCCAGGAGCUUUUCUGAGUCACAACUUCACAAAAUAUUACAUCUAAUUGGGUAUGCCUUACAGGAAGAACAAUCUGGUUAUUAUCCGUUUCUCUUGUUCUGCGACAAAGCUGAAAAAUGGCGAAUCCCUGAAAUGCUUGAUGAUCUUGUCAACAGUCCAAGAAUUGAGGCGCACAAGGAUCUACUCCGUUGGACUAUUUUAAAAUUUAAAGAAGUAUCAAAGAAGGGACUAGUUAAAAGCGAGCUUGCUUCCACAAUAUGCUUAAGUGAUGUAGCGUCAUCAGCAAAUAUGACCGAAGUCGAUGACGAAAAGCAGCGAAGAGCUAAAUUAGCUGCUCAACGAAGAGCCAAGCUUAUGGCCCAAAUGCAAGCUAUGCAAAAUUCAUUCAUGAAAGAAAAUGCAAAGUUAUUUGAAGAAACGAAUACGGAAUUGCUGAAGAGUUCUGCUAAUUUAAGAAAUUCUGCAAUGGACAUAACUGAAAAAAUUGAAGAACAGGCAAUUGCUUUAGGUCCAAAUCAGACAACACGGUUUAAUAUUGAAAGGACAUACACAUGUAUUCUGUGCCAGGAAGAGCAAAAAUUAGAUUUAGAGGGACCCGUUCUGGUAAUGGUAGCUUUCGUUCAACAAGCAACUGUACUGUGUGUUCAUAGAAGUGAAUCAGCUUUGGACAUCAAUAAUCACGAUCCAUUGUUUUUGAACGCUAAUUUAGGACCGGCACCUCAUACCAGUACGUGCGGUCAUGUCAUGCACGCAACAUGCUGGCAGAAGUAUUUCAACAACGUUAUGCUGAAGGAACAUAAAAGACCGUAUCGAGUAAGACAUCCAGCUAGUUUCGACGUAGAUAAGCAAGAAUUUCUUUGUCCGUUGUGUGAACGCCUAAGUAACACAAUACUACCUCUUGUGCCGCCUCUUUGUUCGAUUCAACCAAGCCAUCCAAGGAAUUAUAUUAGCAUUGAAGAUUUUGUUAACUGUAUGCUGAUUACUUUACAGAAAGUCGAAAAGGUAGGUGUAUAUAAAUCUAAGUGUAGCGAAAAUUGUACCAACAUUCAUUGCAAUGCAUGUGAGAAUGGAAAUAGCAAUGAAACAGAUUCCUCUCCGUCCGAAUGCGAAUCAAAUUGUAUCGCUCUCACGUGCCCUUACGAACCCACCAUUGAAGAUGUAGGAGACAUUGCCGAAUAUUUUAAAGCCCUAUUUCCUACUACUUGCCCAAAACUUACAGAAAAACUCAUCGAAAUGCUUCAUUCAUUUAUACAGAUGGCAUAUAUGAUAGGACUUAAUGUUAACCCUCAUCCUACUGACAAAAGACUUGUACCUAUGACUUGGAAAUCGUUUAGUUAUACGGUUCAUACAAUUGAAAUCUUACUUAGAGACGCAAACAAGCCACUACUGGGACAUCUUUCUAGCCGUCAUGGAGACUGUUUAGAAAAUUUUGUGAGAAUAUUAGGUGUUUUGGGAAGUUCUUGGCCAAAGUGCAACGUAAUAACUAGUCAUGCAAUUCGGUUGUUAUCGAUUAUUUUAAACCAUUCUAAUGAAGACCCUUCGAUUUUGUACUGGGAUUCAUUCGGAAUGCUUGUCCCCUUGACGUUUUCAUUGCCUGCACUCUUUUCUAAAAAUCAAUCAGCACCGAUUCCUACGGGAGGCAGUCUUGAAUGUUACAGUCUUCAUUUGGUUUUUGCCGCUCACAUUGUUAAAAUAUUAGCUACAUUGAAUUUGGGGGAGUGUAGUACCACUAUGGAAACAGAUCGUGACGAUGAUAUGAAAAAAGUAGUAGAAUGUGAAGAAUCUCACUCCACUCAAAUGGAUACGGAUAACGAAACUGAUUUUAAAGAAAUAAUGGACGUUUUAAAGUUACUGAAUAGAGAUCCGAAAGACCUUACUGGUCAAGAAAUUUGGGAACAGGUAAAGGAAGCUUGUCGGCCAUUUUUACGCUGCUGUGUUUUAUUUUAUCAUUACUUAACAAAUGUGGCUACCAGAUCUACACUUACUGAAAUUGGAGGUGACAGCUUUUCUAAUAUGUGUUCUUAUCUAGCGCUUCCAGAGUCUCCUCAAGGUCUUUUAAGGUCUGCUGUUAUUCAGAAUCUUAUAAAGAAAUGGUGUUUACACCCUGAAGUAAUCAGUUACAUUAUGCAUGGCGAUGCAACGGAAAUUGUCAAAGAACCUCCCCCAAUUAACCAGUUGAUAAGUUUACCCACUGAUUAUAGUGAACUUGUUAACACCGUUUCGUCAUUCACUUGCCCUAAUAGCGAUCAUGAAGAUUCUCGAAAUCCGACGAUGUGCCUGGUAUGUGGAGAGAUACUUUGUUCUCAGAGUUACUGUUGUCAAAUGGAACUCAAUAAGACGGUGGUCGGAGCAUGCAAUUAUCAUGCACACAAAUGUGGAGCCGGAGCAGGUAUCUUUUUGAGGGUUAGAGAAUGCGAGAUACUAUUUUUAGCGAGUCCGAUGAAAGGUUGUUUCGUAUCGCCUCCCUACUUAGAUGAAUACGGCGAAACAGAUCAAGGAUUAAAACGUGGCCACCCCUUACGCCUUUGUCCGGAUAGGUACAAAAAACUUCAUACGCAAUGGUUAAGCCACAGCAUUCACGAGGAAAUUGCCCGUGCAAUCGAUUCUAGCCACACAGUAACACAGUGGCAACACCUGUAAAAUAUGCAAAUCGACUAAUUAACAAUUGUGUGAUUUGUAACUGUGAAAUGUUAUUAAGUAUUAGGAGUCCUUAGAAAAACGAUGAUCUUGUUCAACAUUUUAUUUAUGAAAAAUGAAAAUCUUACAUAAGGGAAUGAUUAGAACGAUUAUAUUUUAGUUGCAAUGCUAUUUAAUCUCCUGCACUUGCCACAAUUUUGUAAAACAACAAAAACUAAUUUGGAUAGGAUCUCGAUCAUAAAUUGUAAAGGAUUUGUUGAAACUUUUGGCUUUAUUUAAAAAUAAAUGUAAAUUUAAUGUAUACGAAGUUCAUUUUGGAAUGGAAUUCGUUGAAACCAUGAACUUUUCAAUAAGGAAUACAAAAAUGUAAAUGGGCAUGCUGGUAUUUGCAGAUGUUGAAAACAGCAAAUUGAAGAACAAUUUGUUUCACUGCCACUCGCAGAAUCGACUAUUUUUUAAGGUCAAUGUUUUAUUGCAAUUUAUAACGGUCGAGUUUUUUAAAUAGGUAUUAAAGGCAUCUUUUUUUUAA